AUGGCUUCACUUUUUACUGCUACCACCUCGGAGCGAGCAGCCGAAGACACCGAUUGUUCUACGGACGUCAGCCCGGAGGUGUCAUCCAUGGAUAGAGAACCUGAGGGUGGACUCAUUGUUCCUGCUCUCAACCUAUCCGAGUCCUCCAUCGAAGAUGCAUGCCAGGAGUCAACUAUCGCUAUGGACGUCAGCCUGGUCAUGCUACCGGUGGACGCUGCCGAUGUUCCUCUGCCAGACGAGGAAAGUGAUCGGGAUGAGUUCGAGACGUCACCAAAUGCCGAAGAGAAUGAGACCAGCAUGAGAGUGGAGGUUGUCAAGCGUCCAAACAACAAACCGGCAGACGUGGACACUGUCGACCGGGGUCAAGAUGACGACCAAUCCGAUAAUUCCGACCAUCAUGACAUGAGCUUGACAUCGGCGUCUUCAGCGCCAAGCUCUCCCAAGACGCCAAACAGACAAGAAGAAUCUCAAACCGACGAUGAGGGCCUCCAUGACACUAGCACAUCGUCCAUGCCGUCCAUUGGAAGCUCCCCAAAGACGCCGAAGAACGAAACGUCAUCAAGCGACCCUUUCGUUCUGGAAGAUCCAACCAAGGGUCUCUCCUUGGACAACCUUGAUCUCAAAUCUCCGAAUUGGAUGGAGUACUUCACCAACCUUCUCAAGAAAAUCGAACAUAUCAAGCCAAACACAAAAGAGAUCUUGGAGCCUAGUACCGUCAAAUUUGGUGAUGAAGAAGGGGAGUACCAAGGACCGAUCAUUGCCUUGCCAGACACGCCCGACUACCACCCAUACUCCAGCAAUUUCCAGAUACGCCUAUCCAAAUAUGGAGGCUUUGGAACCUUCGCGACUCGAGACCUCAAGCUAGGAGAGGUCAUUCUUAUCGAAAAGCCCCUCUUGAAGUCAAGGCAUGUCGAUUUCUACUCCGACUUUCGGGAGCUCUCGGAGGACGACCAGCAAGCCUUUAUGCAAUUGUAUACCCCCCCUGGUGAUUACUUGAGUCGCGACGGAAGCGACUACAACCACAUCAGGGCGAUCCUAAAGGCAAACUCCUUUGCCAUUCCCCCUUACGACUUCGGCAUCAUAGGCGUGUACAACGCCGCAUCGAGACUCAACCACGCUUGCUCAUGGGUUGCGAAUGUCGAUUACACAUUCGACGCCAACAACUCUGAUGCGAUCGUGCUGAACGUUAGCAAGCUGGUGAAAGCUGGUUCGGAGCUGUUCAUCAGCUACGGUGGAAGUCCGCUGUCGCUCUAUGAGCGGUACGGGUUCCGGUGUUGCUGCGGAGGGUGUAAGGGUGUAUCCGAUCAACACCUCACGAUCUUGAAGAAAAUCAAAAAUGGCGAGAUAUCCAGGAGGGAAUUGGAAUGGAUAUGA